AAAAAAUUGAAGAAAUAAAAAAUAAAUAUGAUUAUGAAACAUAUCCUUAAACCUUAUAAACAUGCAAAUGUAAAUACUGUAGCUUGUGAAUAGUGCUGUGUGGUGCUAUUACAGCCUUGCCCCCAACAUUAAUGCAUUGCCCAUUUUGCCCCUUAUUCCUAUUGUUUGUUGCCUGCUGCUCUCCAACUGACUUACUCUCUCACCCUUACUUGGCCUUUACUCUGCUGCUGUUCCCAUUUUCCCCCUCUGUAUUUUCAUCUCAGAAGGAAAAAGGGGAAGGAGAGAGAAACCUACAGAGAGAAACCUCUGUAUUAUCAUCCCUUUCGACGAUUUUUCGAGUCUGAGGUUGUGGAAGAUUUUCCGAUCAUCACAUUCAUCAGGUUUGAUCUCGUUUCUCUUUCUCGAUUUAGUUUCAAAUUUUUAGGCUUUACUUGUUCGAUUGUCGUGGAUUUUUUGCAUAUAUGUUCUAUGUUUCCGAAUUUUUGGGGUUGAAUCUUUGUGGGUGUAUUUGUGCGAAAUUGUUUCGUUUUUAAUGGGGUUUAUUUGAUCGAUUUGUUUUCGAUUUAUUGGGUUUAUUUGUUCGAUUGUUUUUCGAUUUUUUAAGGGUUUAUUUGUUCUAUUUAUUUUCGUUUUUGGGUUGAAUUUUAGUGCCUUCUUUGAUUGUGUGGUGGUUUUUUUGGGUUGAAUUUGAGUGAUUUAUCGUUUGUUUUAGGUUGAUUUUUUUUUAUUAUUAUUAUUGUUAGUAGUAUUAUUGUCUGAUUUGUCACAGGAUUGUUAAUCUCCAGGUACAAUUCUAUCUCUCCUUUCUCUUUCUUGUUCAAAUUGGUUCAAUUUUCAUCUAAUCUUUAAUAUGAAUGUUGACUGUGUUUUUUUUUUUUUGGGUUAUUUCUCCUCUUUUUUCCUUUCUUUUCUAUGUUUUUUUUGGUAAUUCUUCUUAAUUAUAAUCUGAAUUUCGAUUGUAUACAAAGUCAAGCUUAUAGUGAGCAAGAUCAUUAAUGAAUAAGGAAGAAGCAGAAGUGCGGACUUUGUAUUCAUUUAUAUUCUACAUUUUUUUAUCUUCAUUUACCUCUUAUUCUUACUUCUUUUACUACAAUUUCAUCGAAUUUUCUCAAUUUUCUUGGGUUCUUUCAUUUAAUUGUUUUCGUUUUUUCUUUACUAAUUAUUUCAUAUUCUUAGUAAUUUUGUCAAUUUUUUUAUGUCAUUUGAUGAAUAUGAUGAUCUUACGUAAAAUGGGUACUUAGAUUUGUUACUUAAUUACUUUGUAAGUUAAAAAAGUUACCCACAAUUAAGGAAUGAUAAUAAGAUAAAGGCUACAUUUAAUCGUUUGUUGUUAAAUUAUGGGUAAUUUUAAUUUUCAUCAUAUUUUUUUGUAAAAGAUUGAUAGAAUUUUCUUUACAUUUUUGAAAAUGGCAACUUCGAGGAACAAACCAUGUUUUUCUUACUAUUUUGAUAAAAAAAUCUGAAGUACACAAUCUGAACCAAUUUCAGCAUUUAAACUCUAAAAAUGACAAAACCAACAACGUUAGAUCAGCUGCCAGAAGAUGUAGAUGACUUGAUUGACCUCAACUUGCUGUUCUCAACCCCAUUUUGUUGAAGAAACCUUGCAGCAGGAUCCUGAGGACAAUGCAGACAAAAACGCCGUGAGUCUAUAAUGCUUGAUUGCAUAAUGUAUUAUUGUUCUCAGUUUUUGGAGUUAUUUAUCAUAUAAUUCCUUUUCUUUAGUAUCUAAACCUUUCACAAUUUAGUGAGUUGCUAUUCACCUUUAGUUCUUGACUGUGUGUGUGUGUGUGUGUCUGUGCUCGUGCCUGCGUGGCUGCGUGUACUGAUAUUUGUGCUGUGCUGAACUGCUGAUCCUAUAUGGAAUAUGUAUUUACCAUCCAUUUUCAUUCACAGAAAUUUUAGUGCAAUAUACUAAAUUAACCAUGAGUACACGUAGUUAACACUAUCUACAUUUGUAGAUUGAUCUUGGUUGUAUUAUGCUUUUUUCUAAUUUUGUUUUGACCUUGAGUUUAGAUAAGUUCAAAGUAUUAACUCAUAAGCUAUGCUAAAUUCUGAUGAGAGCUUCCUACUGCUUAUUCCAACAUCUCAAUUUGAAACAAAAUCCACAAUAAAAUUAGAUUACAAGUAUGAACCAAACUACAAAAAUUCCGUGAACAAGGAAGCCAUAGAAGCUGCCAGAAAUGGGAAGAGAAAUGCCACAUCCUAAGCCCAUAAUCAUUACGGUUGAUUCACCUUACCUCCAAUUGCACCUCCAAUCUGAUGAUGUAGUAUUAAUAAGUGUGCAGGUUUUAGUAGUAUCGCUAUAAAGGUUCCUCGAUUGACUGAUAAAUGCUUAACCCUUUGUUUCUUGUGAUUUUGCUAUUUUUGUUUUGAAUUUGUUAUGGUGGAUUGAAUUGAUUCUCUGCUGAUGCUGUCUUCAGUAUUACUGGACUCUUGGAAAGCAAGGGUUCCUCUUGGUUAUCUCUUACUCCUUAAAUUUGCUUUGGGUUUUGUAUUAUAAUGCUUAUUUUUCUAUCAAUUGUGUGCAUUUUUGUAUUAGUUGUUGAAUUCUGGACAUUUAGCUAGGUGUAAAUUACAAAAUAAACUUGAUCAUAUUCUACAUUCAAAGAAUAAACCAAAAAUUGGGGCAAACAAACAAUCUAAAUCAAAAUAAGGCUUGUCUAUGGGUAGUAUCAGUUUAUAUUUAUGAAAAUGAAGAGGAUGUGAAAGAAAGAGCUAACACGUGGUAAUAUAACUGUCAAGGUUUUCUUUGAGUUUUGAUCUGAUGAACAGCUGCUAUUAGUGGGUAGAUACUGGGAAAACACUAACCACCUUUAUCAUUUUCCAUGAUUACCUUUUGUUGCCAUUGGUCAUUACUUUCUGAAGCUUUAUUAAAUCAAUUUAUAAUCUGUUUUCUUGGAGAAUGAAGAUAAUGUGAUUGCUUGUUAAUCAGUUGGGGACGGUGGGUAAAAAGCGCUUCGACAAUUACAAGCUGAAGAAGAUGAAGAGGAAAGGUGGUAACCUAAUCAUCUAAUGAUUCACUCCACUUAUUGUGCUUCCCAUCCUUAAAAAGGUUAACCUUCACAAAUUCCAGCAGUUGAAGUUGAGCCUCAAGGAUGCUCUUUUAAUCCAGAGGAUGAGAGUCACAAGGACUCCUUGGCACAAGCUGUUGCAGAAGAGAUGAAGAAAAUUUAUAAAAAAGAGCUGGAGCCUGAGCCAAUUCCUUUAACUGUUCCUGGAGAACCAGUCACUGAAGAUGAUUGGACAAUGAAGACGAUGAGGAAAUGGACGAGGAAAAUCAAACUGAAGAUGGGAAUAUCGAAGAUGAAAAAAGUUACUGAGGAUGAAGUGGAUCUUUUAUAUGACUUAUUCAAUAAACUCAGCAACUCUGUUGUGAAAGAUGGUUUUAUUCAAAAGGAAGAACUUCAACUUGCAUUAUUUAAGAAUAGUAUGAAGAGAAGCCUUUUUCUUGACAGAGACGAGCUUAGGCAACUAUGCUUAUAUGCUGUUUUGUUCCUUCCAUUAAAGAGCAUGGUGUACAGAGAUAACGAGAAGAAAGUAGCCUUCAGAUUUCUGACCCAUCCCCCCUCCCACACCCAAAAAAAGAGAAGUAUAAAAAACACACUUUUGCACAACCCAGUCAUAGCAUCUAAUUUUUUAUAUUUUAUGUAUUUAUAUUUAUUUAUUUAUUUUUAUUUGGAGGUCCUAGAUUAUCCACCAAUUGAAAGGUCCUCCGGUACUCCAAGAAAAGCAGUACAUGAGGGGUAUCAAGAACAAGUUUUUUGCAAGAACCAGCUUAGUUCACUAAACAGCCCUUUAAAUGUACUGUAUCAGUUACAAACUCUAACAAUUAUAAUUUUCAAUAGAAGAACCACUCGAAAAUUUUCUACUUUAAAUAGUCUAACAAAUAUGUAUACAAUUCUUUUAUAUAUUUUAUAUUUAAUCCAUUUUACAUUACUUUAACCUCUAAGAUUGC